AUGACUGCAAUUAAGAAUAAUGAAGGAGGUGUUUUCUUUGUUUACGGUUAUGGUGGAACAUGUAAAACCUAUCUUUGGAAGACAUUAUCUGCUGCAGUUAGAUGUAAUGCUCAAAUUGUUUUAAAUGUUGCGUCAAGUGGGAUUGUUUCUUUAUUAUUAACUGGUGGUAGGACAGCACAUUCACGGUUUAUAAUUCCUAUGGUUCUUUUUGAGUUUUCUAUUUGUUCCAUAUCACCAGGUAGUGAACUUCCCAGUUUAUUACGAAAAACCUCAUCAAUCAUUUGGGAUGAAGCACCCAUGAUUCACAAGAAUGCAUUUAAAGCUUUAGAUCGAACUUUGAAAGAUAUAUUCCAGUGUGAUAAUCCUAGAAACUCAAAUUUGCCAUUUGGGGGGAAAGUGAUUGUUUUUGGAGGAGAUUUUAGACAAAUUUUGCAUGUUAUCCCAGGUGGUGGUAGACAAGACAUUAUUAUGGAUUUUGCAAAAUGGCUUUUGGAUAUAGGAGAAGGGAAACUUGGUGGUUUUAACGAUGGAAAAGCGAUUAUUGAUAUUCCAGAUGAUCUUCUAAUUAAUGAUCCUAAUGAUCAUAUAGGUUCAUUAAUUGAGUUUGUAUAUCCUUCAAUUCUUGAAGGUUGUAACAUUCCAGAAUAUUUUCAAGAAAGAGCAAUACUUGCUCCAAAAAAUGAAGUUGUCGGAAAAAUAAAUGAUCGUUUGCUAGAAUUUUUUCCAGGAGAUGAAGUCGAAUAUCUAAGUUCAGAUAAACUAUGUGAAUAUGAGUUUUUCCAUGAUCAGUUUGAUGCCAGUUUAUACUCACCUGAUGUUUUAAAUGGUCUUAAAGUCUUAGGUUUGCCUAAUUAUAAGUUAGUUUUGAAAGUCGAGGUUCCGGUAAUGUUAUUAAGAAACAUUGAUAAAAAAAAUGGCUUAUGGAAUGGCACUAGACUACAGGUGAUAUCUUUGGCCAAACGUGUUAUUGAAGCAGUCAUCAUAUCCGAAAGUAAUAUUGAAAAUCGAACCUUUAUUCCAGGAAUGAACUUAACACCAUCUGAAAAAAAAAAUCUCAUUCAAAUUCCAAAGAAGACAAUUUCCAUUAGCUGUUUGUUUUGCAAUGACAAUUAA